AUGACUUCUUGUACAACAGACGCUUCUCCUUUUGAUAACGUAUGUGAAAUAUCCAAUUCUAAUUCACAAAGUGAUAACGAAUCUUCCGAUCAUGAAGCUGAAAACGCAUCUAUGAUGGAGGAGAAGAUAAAUGAAAUCGAUUUAUUUGCUUCAGAGCCGGAUGAACCGGAUGAGCCGGAACAUCCAAGCAAGUCUUUGCCGGACGACGAAGUCGGUGAUGCGGAUUCUAAUGUUUUCAAUGAAGACCCAACUGCGGAGCAGUGCAAAAAUGAUUUAAACUUGAAUAAUUUAGAUAAAUCUUCCUUCGACAACGUUUCAGAGUCUAAAACUCCGGAAGCUGUCUUGGAUGAACACGAUAAUUUUUAUAAUAACGUCGAGCACGUAUUACCUAGAUCAUAUACCUAUAAUAGUGCUUCUUCAUUAGUUAUACCUAAGUUACCUAUCCGUUUACUUGUACAAUGCAUACCGAAAUCUAUGGGAGUAAAUGAACUUAAGUCGAUAUUUGAAGAAUAUGGUCCUGUUGAAGAAGCAGUUAUUUUGAAGGAUAGAGCGGUCAAUGACCAGAAAGGUAGUGCUUUCGUUAAAAUGAAAAGCUUGACUUCGGCAGAUAAUGCCAUCGCAGCAAUGUCUGGAAUAAAAGUUUUGGACGAAAGUCUUGGACCUAUUCAAAUUCGCUAUGCAGUAGCUGAACUUGAAAAACUGGGAGUCUCUGUCGAAAAUGCAGUUCCUGGUGUCAACCAAACUCGAUUGUUUAUCGGUUCGCUGAGCCGUCAAGCCGACGAAGAACAGAUUAUGGGAUUGUUUAGCACUGUUUGCCCUGUUGAAGAUGUUUACGUGAUCCGAGAAGCUGGAACAGGUGCCUCAAGGGGCUGUGCGUUCGUGGUUCUCGCUACUAAAGAAGCAGCAAUUUACGCAAUCAAGUGCCUUAACGGGUCAGAGCAACUUUCUGCGCUGCGUCCGUUGGAGAUUCGUUUCGCCGACGUCAAAUCUAAGUCAGCACAAAACCAAGCAGGAUUCAACCAAGGAGAACCUUACAAUAAUAACAAUAAUCGAGUCAAUUUCUUUUAUAACAACGCACCUCCUCAGGACUAUACGAACUACCCACAGUCCAACAAUUUCAAUUACUCUCAUCCUCAGAUGCGACAUGAAAACUUUGGAGCCAUUUUAGUUUCCUCUGCGGACGUGAACGCCCAACCCAGAGAACGCGAUGGCUGGUUUGAAUACUUUACUGAAGAAGGCCGUCCGUUUUAUCAAAACUCCACUCUGAACGUCAGUCAGUGGGAGAAACCAUUGAACUUUGACACCCCUGGCCCUCCAGGAGCUAACUUGUUCGUGUUUCACGUCCCCAGCGAGUGGUCUCUUCGCGAGUUGGUCUAUUACUUUAGAAAGUACGGAACCAUCAUUAGCGCUACAAUAGCUACUGAUCGUUCCACUGGCCGAAAUCGUGGAUACGCUUUUGUUAGUUAUACUGACAUCCAGUCUGCCGUCAACGCUGUUAAAGCUAUGCACGGUUUUUCAACCGGAAGUAAAAGAUUAAAGGUUGCUAUUAAGCAAAACGAGGAAUCUUACGUAGCACAUUUGCUCAAAAACUCGGGCUCAGGAUCAGGAUCUAACUUUUCUUAUCAUCCUCCAAAUAUAAAUGGUCCAGGAUAUUGUCCCCCUAUGCGUUCUUACGCAGCUCCUUAUUAA